AAUAAAUUUCUAUACUUCUAAAUUCUAAUAUGAAACAGGGCGAAGUAGUUAAUCUGGAGUGUGCCUUUUGAAUCGUCAUCUGCAGCAGCUGCUUCUUCUUCUUCUUCUUUACUUCGAGACUACAAUUUCAAAUACAUGCACACUCUUCUCUGAACUGUAAUCAUCAUCACCAUGAAGAUAAUGGUAGCCAUAAAACGCGUAAUCGAUUACGCCGUCAAGAUCAGAGUCAAACCCGACAAGAGUGGGGUGGUGACGCAGAACGUGAAGAUGUCGAUGAACCCAUUCUGCGAGAUAGCGCUGGAAGAGGCGCUGCGAAUCAGAGAGAGUGGGUUGGCGUCUGAGGUUGUGGCAGUGACCAUGGGACCCUCUCAGUGCCUUGACACUCUCAGAACUGGUCUCGCCAUGGGAGCUGAUAGGGGCAUCCACGUGGACUCUACUUCUGCUCUUCACCCUCUCCAUGUUGCCAAGAUCUUGAGGAACCUUGUGCAGAUUGAGAAACCUUCCCUUAUCAUUCUUGGCAAACAGGCCAUUGAUGAUGAUUGCAACCAAACAGGGCAGAUGGUAGCAGGACUCCUCAACUGGCCUCAAGGGACUUUUGCUUCAAAGGUUGUCCUUGAUAAAGAGAAAGAGGAAGUUACAGUGGACAGAGAGGUUGACGAUGGAAUCGAGACUGUGCAGUUGAAAUUACCGGCAGUAAUAACAACUGAUCUGAGACUGAACCAACCAAGGUAUGCAACACUUCCCAACAUCAUGAAAGCAAAAUCAAAGCCCAUAAAGAAGUUCACUCCUCAAGAGUUGAAUGUGGAAAUCAAAUCUGAUUUGGAAAUUGUGGAAGUCACUGAACCCCCCAAAAGGAAAGCAGGGGUCAUGGUCUCUUCUGUUGAUGAGCUCAUUGAGAAACUCAAAAAUGAGGCCAAAGUCAUUUGAUGAUUAUUAUUGUUCUUUCCUUUGCUGCCAAAUCAUUUACUUCUCACCAAAUUUUUAAUUAUGUAACAAGAUUGUCAUACAAGAUCAAAUCACACAAUAAAUAAAAUAUUUUUCGUAUAAGCUCUUAA